CUCACUCAAAAGCAGAAGAAUACACUUCCUUGUUUUAGGGCCUGGAAUCACCAAUGGCAUCCCUCAACAGCUUCAUCUUGGCUUUCUUCAUGGCAUUGGCAUUUUCCAGUGUCAACGUUGGCCUAGCAGCUCGCCGGCUUCAGCAGUUGCCACCAUUACCGACCAUCCCCAAACUGCCGCAGCCAACAAUUCCAACAUUGCCACAGCCUACAGUGCCAACAUUGCCACAACCUACCAUACCAACAUUGCCAACUCCCCAGCCAACUCUACCUCAGCCUGGUGCUCUACCACCACUUCCCAGCAUCCCUACCACCCUACCAUCCUUCCCAAAGGUUACUCUGCCACCACUGCCUAGCAUUGGCUCAAUUCCCAACAUCCCUCUCCCAUUCUUCUCUCCACCACCUGCCACCACUAGCCCUUGAGAAGAUGCAGCUUGUGUCAUGAAGAACAGGGUUUUGGACCUUGCCAUUGAUGACUGCAGUUGGCUGUAAUUUUACCUUUCUAUACCACCAUGUGAGAUAUAUUACAGGCUUUGAAUCGUUUGUUUCUGUUUAUUUCAUAUUUGUAUGCUUAUCCUAGUGGAUUUUUCUUCUUUUGUUUGACACAAUUAUUGUUGUACCCUAUAUCUUAUUGUG